UUUUUUUUUCUCGACCUCGACUUUUUUUUUUGUGCUUUUCUCCUCUUCUUUAUUCGUCUUUAUUUAUUUCUUGUUAUAUAAUCAAUGGAUAAACCCGAGUCACCUACACCCUCUCCAUCGGAUAACGAGAAAUCGACCCCGACCGCUGAUGGCAAACCAACAUCCGAAGAAAAGCCGAUAGUAACAGAUGAACCUGUUAAUUCAAAGGAUGAUCAGCCGACAGUGGCUACCCCUUCUGAUAGUCCCGAGUCAGAACAGCCGGAACCGACGUCCGCAUCUAAAUCCGAAUCACCCACUGAACCCACUUCGACCUCUUCCGAGGAACCCCAACCAACCACGACGAGUACUACCGACCAACCACCACCUACAACCACGGCAGAUCCAACAACCCCCGCUCCAGAUCCCACCACUACCAAUCCACAAACUUCAGAGUCGCCGCAUACACCUGAACCGACACCGGAGCCUACCCCUGAUCCCACCACGACACCAUCACCUCCACCACCAGACCCAACGACAGAACCUUCUUCACACACUGCAAUUCCACCCUCGUCUUCGGAUGACCCUGUACCUCCUCCUCCAUCAUCGAGUUCGGAGAACGCACAUUCGUCUGACGUAGGUCCUGUCGUGACGAUCACAUCUUCCGGAACCAAUGUACACACGUUCACUCAAACAUCCUACUCAUAUUAUCCGAGCAAUGGCGGAAGCAGCAGUCAUGCGUUGCCUUCAGGAACCAACUUACCCAACGAUCCAUCACCGUCUACCAAUAAAAAUGCCAUCAUUGGCGGAGUGGUAGGUGGUGUUGUUGGUGCCGCUCUUUUAGGUGCCCUGUUAUUCUUUCUUAUCCGUCGUAAACGACGACCGACACCGAAAGAGUACGAGCACGAUCCUAACGAUCCUUUUACAAUACCUUAUAAUCAUUCGGGGUACAGCCAACCUAUGGCGGGCAUCGGAUCACCUGCUGGUUCAGGAGCCGCUGCUCGCCAUUUCGGUGGUGCACCGUAUGCAGAAAAUGAUCCUGGAACGAAACAUGCUUACUAUGCUCCUGGCGAGGUCAAUGACGGUUAUUACGAAGACGCUCCUCAUUACCCUCCUGCAUCCCAUCCUUACCCGCCUUAUUCUGGCUCGGAUUACGGAGGUCCGAAUACCUACGUGGACAAUUAUCCACCGCCAUUGUACGCCAGUCCUCGUCAUGUCCCCGAUGAAGUGACAGAACCUUACCAUAGCCCAACCUCUCCUCAAGAGCGCCAUGUGCCCAAUCUUGUCGAGAGCGAUGCUGAUCGUGCUCACCAUUAAAAUCAAAAACGAAGGGUUACUCCAGGGAUUACUAUCUUUCUUUUUUAUUCCUUUAUAGACAAUGUAUAAACACAAAAUGUAUUCCACUCUAGCAACAUUGCAUUGACCGUAAGAACUCGUCGCAAGUCUUGCUGACUGUGGUAGUUUAGUCAGUUUCUGUAAACCAUGUAAACAAAAUGCAUUUUUUUCCAUUUUAAGA